AAGAAGAGGAUGGAUGAUGCAGCGCAGCAGCGGCCGACAAGAUGCAAGCUACGCCCGGCUAAUAUCUCACUCACAGACUCUCAGUCUCAGGCUGGAGCCCCGGGUCGAAAAAGAAAAGAAGGACGGGAUCUGUGGAGCUUAUCAGACGGGGCAGAACGCCGACAGAACUCAUGUCAAGCAGGGAGUGGUGGACACUGGAUGGCGCUGCAUGGCCGGCGGAGACGGGCGUUUGAGAUAUGACGAGGUGGGCCAAUUGCAGGCUGGACUCUGCCAGGCACGCCGUUGUGCUGCGAGGAAGGACAAGAGGCCGUUGUAAGCUGGUGGAAGAGCAAGCGAGGAUCGAGAGGACCAAAACAAAAAGGCGAGACGGCGAGACGGCGAGGCCAGGAACAGGGGGAGUGCUGAGUGGAUGCUGAGGGGAAAUUGCCUUGGGCGAGUCGUGAAGAAGUGGAGGGAGCGAGUCGGAGCAGAAGCGUCUGUGCUGGGCUGCCGUGUUUCAGGUUCUCGUGUCAGGCUCUCUCUCUCACCAGUCGGCAGUCACCACCUUCCAGCUGCCAGGCUUCCCGACUUUGGAACUCGUCAACUGCCAGCUGUCGGAUCAUUGACCGCUAUAAUGACAUCGUCGUCUGUCUUGCCUCUUGCGACAAUGGAGCAGAGGCUGAAAGGGAGCAUCCGAAACAAACGCAGGCAACGGCCCCAUAUUUGGUAUGUGAUGUCGACUAUCAUAUACGGAUACUAUCAAAACAUUUGGGACAAAAAACUAAACCUGUUUCUCGGGCAAGUCUGCCAUUCUCCUGCAAGGAAAUGCGCUUCGUCGUCAGUUGCCUGUUGUUGGGAAUGGCACGAGCAGGAGCUGAUGAGGACUCGACUUGAACGGCCUUCGUGCUUGAGACGUUUAUUUGCGCAAGGCCGACGGGUGUGCAGCAAGUCGUCCUGGGCUCCUGGCGUGCUCUUAAAAUAUAUCCUCCAAUCCCAAACUUUGGCUGUCGACGAGAUUUCUCCAGAAAAGAACCACCUUGCAUGGAUGGCCUUUCAGCUUCGGCGCCAUAGUGGAACUCGUCCAGCGAAGGCGCACGGUUAUUGCUCCACCGGCUUGUUUUUCCGUGUUCUGGAACAGGCUCUAGUGUAGAUGCCUGCACAUCUCGCAGGCUCGCACUCCGCUCUCGGUUUCAUCGGAUUGGAGGUUGAUCAUAUUCUACAACAACAGUGAUGAUCGUGAAGCUUUCUAUUCAGAGUUUGUUCAGAGUUUCUAGUCUUUCUCGAUCUUGCGAUAAUUAGGAAACCCGUGCG